GACACUUCCCGCGGAGGGACUGUCCCGUGGCACCUGGCGGGGCUGAGGAGGACACGGAGGCUCCGGAGCAGCGACAAUGGACGACCACAGCCUGGAAGAGUUCCGUCGGCGCUGGCAGGAGGAGCUGGCGCAGGCCCAGGCGCUGAGGAAGCGGCGGCGGCCCGAGGUGGCUCCCGGCCGCGGCGAGCAGGCCUCGGGGUACCUGGCGUUGGCCCAGGGCCUCCUGGAGGGCGCGGGGCGGCCCCCGACGGUGCGGGCGACCCGGGCCGAGAGGCAGGACGCGGCGAGCCGUUCCCGCUCCCCUCCCGUCCGCGAAGCCGCGGGGGGCGGGGAGCAGCUGGUGGAUCAGCUCAUCCGCGACCUGAAUGAAAUGGACGAUGUGCCCUUCUUUGAUGUCCAGCUGCCUUAUGAAUUGGCAAUCAAUAUAUUUCAGUAUCUGGACAGGAAGGAGCUAGGAAGGUGUGCACAGGUGAGCAAGACGUGGAAGGUGAUUGCUGAAGAUGAGGUGCUGUGGUACAGGCUGUGCCAGCAGGAAGGGCACCUUCCGGAGAGCAGCAUCUCAGAUUAUUCGUGCUGGAAGCUCAUCUUCCAAGAGUGCCGAGCCAAGGAACACAUGUUAAGAACCAACUGGAAGAAUCGCAAAGGUGCCGUGAGUGAGCUGGAACACAUUCCUGAUGCGGUUUUAUGUGAUGUGCACUCUCACGAUGGUGUUGUCAUUGCUGGAUAUACAUCAGGGGAAGUGAGGGUGUGGGACACCCGCACCUGGGACUAUGUGGCCCCCUUCCUGGAAUCAGAGUAUGAGGAGGAUGAGCCUGGAAUGCAGCCAUAUGUCUCCUUUGUGAGGAUCAACAGCUCGCUGGCGGUAGCAGCUUAUGAGGAUGGAUUUCUUAAUAUUUGGGACUUGAGGACUGGGAAGUAUCCUAUUCAUCAUUUUGAGCAUGAUGCAAGAAUACAGGCGCUGGCCCUCAGCAAGGACGAUGCCACAGUUGCCACAGCUUCCGCUUUUGAUGUUGUGAUGUUGUAUCCCAAUGAAGAGGGGUACUGGCAGAUCACUGCAGAAUUUGAAGUUCAGAAACUGGUUGACUACCUUGAAAUAGUUCCAGAUACUGGAAGGUACCCUGUGGCAGUGGCCACUGCUGGAGACCUGGUAUACCUGCUAAAAGCUGAAGACUCAGCCAGAACCCUCCAUUAUGUCUACGGCCAGCCUGUCACAUGUUUAGAUGUCUCAGCCAACCAGGUGGCUUUUGGUGUAAAGAGUCUAGGAUGGGUGUAUGAAGGAAACAAGAUCCUGGUGUACAGCCUGGAAGCUGAACGCUGCCUCUCAAAGCUGGGUAACACUCUUGGUGACUUCACUUGUGUCAACCUCAGGGACAGCCCUCCCAACCUUAUGGUCAGUGGCAACAUGGAUAGGAGGGUGAGGAUCCACGACCUCCGCACUGAUAAAAUUGCCCUGUCACUCUCGGCACACCAGCUUGGGGUCUCUGCAGUCCAGAUGGAUGACUGGAAGGUUGUCAGCGGAGGCGAGGAGGGCCUGGUGUCUGUGUGGGAUUACCGCAUGAACCAAAAGUUGUGGGAAGUCCAUUCCAGGCACGCCGUGAGGCACAUCUCCUUCAACAGCCACAGCCUCAUCACGGCCAACGUGCCCUACGAGAAGGUGGUGCGGAACUCGGACCUGGACAGCUUCGCCACUCACAGGAGACACCGGGGGCUGAUUCACGCCUAUGAGUUUGCCGUGGACCAGCUGGCCUUCCAGAGCCCUCUUCCUGUCUGCCGCUCCUCCUGUGACACCAUGACCAGUUACAACUAUGACCUUGCGCUCACUUUUCCCAGUGACAAUAUUUAGUGCCUCAUGGGAGCAGGAAGAAAAGUGGGAAGGACCAGUUUUAUAAACUUGCAAACCCUAAGAGAGCUGUCUACAGAGCGGUAGGCAUUUGGGGGACCAGCUGCUCCUGAGCGUGGCACCCUUAGCUGCCUCCGCUGCCCUCAGCCACAGGCAAAGCAUGGGUGUGUGCCAUGGCUCCUUCCAUCUCACCCUGCUCUCUGUGGCUUAGAGUAACACGACUCAAACUUCACCUCCUCCCUCACCGCCCUUCCCUGGUCCCACUGGAGGCCUAGGGAGCUCCAUGCUCUGAACACCAGGCUCAGUUGGCCCCGGCUCCUGCCCUGGUGGCCAUCUUCCCAGCCUCCAAACUCUUUCAAGGACCUUGUGGUCCUGGGGAUGUGCCGGUCUCUGGGCCUACAAGGCCCCAUCCUUUGGAUCAAAGAUCAAGCUCAAGUUGAUCAAAGAUCAACUCAGGGUGGUCUCCUCUGAGCUCCCACCUCGCCACUGCCCAGUGUGACCUGGAGAGCAGUGCUUUUUCUUCAUAGCUUUUACCAGGGUUUAUAAGUAUAUAUUUAUACAAUUAUUUCAUUAAGAACUAUUUUGCUUUCUAUUAUGUCAACAGUAUAUGAUACAAAGUAAGUAUUUUCUCAAUAUUCACAAACUUAACAGCCAUCCUCCAAAGGGAGAGGUCAAGGGGGGACCGUGCCUUCAAUCCCUGAAGAUAAAAUAAGACUGUGCGAGAGAGCAAUCGAGAAGUAGCUUCCCUCCCAGAGCAGGGAACCAUCGCAUUGGUCUUGAUUUUCUUGAUUUACUUUUUUUCUAAAUAGCAGCAGCAUCAGCUGCUCUACCAGCUGCUCUAUGCAGGCUGAUGGAGCUUGCCUGGCAUGAGACCCCUGGGUUCCACCCCCAGCCUGAGACCCACAUGCAGUGGGUCAUCAGCAGAUGGAGUUACUGAACAACCUAAAGACCUGGAGGAUUUGCAUAACGUCAUUAGCAAGCUUGAUCCAGGAGAUGUGUGUGGAACUUUGUCUCAUUUCACAUGUCCACAGACCAUGUUGGAAAGUCUCUGAUUGCAGGAGACGGACACCCUGUAGCCUGUUCCCUGACCCCGGGACAGUGCAGUUAGGAAACAACACAAAGUAAAGAAAUAAAAAUGUGUCUGGGGAUCCAGGCCUUCAGAAUUGGA